CUAUUCCUUCAGGCUUUCCCCCCCCCCCCAAAUUCUUUUUCCCUUCCCCCUUCACCUCACUCUCGGCAUCACCACACCAUGUCUCCCACCGAUUCUAAGGCCGAACAGGCCACUGUUCAAGUUAAUGUUGAUGAGCUGCGCGCUUCUAAGGAUGCGAUGCUCAUGCGGUUGAUGUCCCUCCAAGCUUACAUUGCCGACCUGAGCAAAGCUUACUUGGAGCAUGCCAACAAUGUCAUCAGCGGUGGCCCUGCCACCAUUGAUAUCCCUGCUGUGCCCGCCGGGUUAAAUGUCAGCCACUUUGAACGGGCCAGCAGCCCCGGUGCGAAGUCUGAGACCGGCACCAAGAAGCGCAAGCGUGCGCCCGUCGACCCCAAUGCACCCAAGCGUGCCUUGACCCCGUACUUCCUGUACAUGCAGAGCAACCGCUCGAAGAUCGCCGCGGACCUUGGCGACGUCGCCAAGCCCAAGGAUGUGGCCGAUGAGGGCACCCGCCGCUGGCAAGAGAUGCCUGCUUCGCAGAAGGAGAUCUGGAAGGAGCUUUACCUGCAGAACUACGAGAAGUACAAGGUCGAUAUGGCCGCUUACAAGGCUGGCAAGGAGGAGGAGCAGGAUCCAGCUGCUACCCAGCUGCAGGCCGACUUUGCUGAAGCUCCCAAGGAGGUUUCCGAUAAUGAGACUUCGUCUUCCGAGGACGAGGAAGACGACGAAGAGGAAUCUGGCGAGUCCUCCCCGUCUCCUGCCCAGCCUCCUCCCAAGGAGAAGACCCCCCGCAGCACCAAGCGCCGUCGCGGCAGCGACUCAAAGAAGGAAGUGCCCGAGUCGGCAGUGAAGCAAGCCUCGCCUCCUAAGAGAGGAUCCCGCAGCAAAAAGGCGGAGCCCGCGGCUAAAGAGACUCCCGCUGCAGAGACCAAGACCCCCAAGGGCAAGAGCAGAAAGCGCAAGAGCGAGGCGGCUUAAAUGACUGUUUCUUUAAUAUCAGCAAAAAUUUCAAUUCAUAUAUUACUCUUUGAUUUUCCUGAUGUACUUUAUACCCUGUACGGAAUAGGUAUAAUUUAGUAUAAGCAGAAAAUUUAGUUUGC